AUGGGCAUAAGCGGAUACCGGGUCCCAGGCCACGGCGACGUCUGGACAAAGGAUGGGUGCCAGAGGUUUGUGAGCUCGCAUUGGAGGCUGCCGGCGAGCAAGGAUGCAAUGCAGUCCUUUCGACGGGCCGCCUACACCGCCGCGCAAUGGCCAUUGCCCCGCUCCUGGGCCCGAGAAACGCCGCCUCGACUGCCAAGGGUCAUUCGAUUUGUUUGGGAGAUGGGAGAGGGCGGGAUUGAGAACAAGGACGAGGUCAUCAAGAUGCUGUGGGAGGUUGCGUUGCCUUUGGACUGGCGCGUCCGCCCUCUGGGCCUGACCUUGAUGGCGCCGUUCGCCUCGCAGCUGUCUUCUAUGGCGCAAACGGGCCUGCUGGUCGUCAGGCACGGGCCCCUCGUCGCCAACGCCAUUUUCCUUCCCCCCGGCGCGGCUGUCUUCGAGCUCAUCCCCUACAAUUGCGAAUGGGCGGGCAUGUCCGAGAUGUACGCCAACAUGACGCAGGCGUGUGGCGACCUGCACCACUUUGCGUGGACAGCGAGGGACCGCAAAUGGGCGGCCUACGCAUCGGAAGCGGACGGCCGAUACGCCAAUUGGACCUCCGACGAGUGCUGGGCAAAGGAGUGCCUCGUUGCGCAUGAACGCGCUGGGAUGAUCGUUGACGUUGACGCCGUGCGAUCUGCACUGGAGGUCAUCCUUCCAAAGGUGUCGGAAGGGGCGUCCAUCGAGCGGUUGCGGCAGCCGUGGCCCGAUGCAAAGUAG